CCAGCAACUCGCCAUGGGUGGCUGCUUCUCCAAGCCCAAGCCAGUGGAGCUCAAGAUCGAAGUGGUGCUGCCCGAGAAGGAGCGGGGCAAGGAGGAGCUGUCAGCCAGCGGGAAGGGCAGCCCCCGGGCCUACCAGGGAAAUGGCACGGCCCGCCACUUCCACGCUGAGGAGCGCCUGCCCGCCACACACCCCUACCCUGGCACUCAGGACUGCAUUGAGGCUGCUGUCUGCCAUGUCAAGGACCUUGAGAAUGGCCAGAUGCGGGAAGUGGAGCUGGGCUGGGGAAAGGUGUUGCUGGUGAAGGACAACGGGGAGUUUCAUGCCUUGGGCCACAAGUGUCCCCACUAUGGUGCACCCCUGGUGAAAGGUGUGCUGUCCCGAGGUCGGGUACGCUGUCCCUGGCAUGGCGCCUGCUUCAACAUCAGCACUGGGGACCUAGAGGAUUUCCCUGGCCUGGACAGUCUGCACAAGUUCCAGGUGAAGAUUGAGAAGGAGAAAGUGUACGUCCGGGCCAGCAAGCAGGCCUUGCAGCUGCAGCGAAGGACCAAGGUGAUGGCCAAGUGUAUCUCUCCGAGUGCUGGCCACAGCGGCAGCACCAACGUGCUCAUUGUGGGCGCAGGUGCAGCUGGCUUGGUGUGUGCAGAGACACUGCGGCAGGAGGGCUUCUCAGACAGAAUUGUCCUGUGCACGCUGGACCGACACUUCCCCUAUGACCGACCCAAGCUCAGCAAGUCCCUGGAAUCACAGUCCGAGCAACUGGCCCUGAGGCCCAAGGAGUUCUUCCGAGCCUAUGGUAUUGAGGUUCUCAUGGAGGCUCAGGUGGUCACAGUGGAUGUGAGAAACAAGAAGGUCGUGUUCAAGGAUGGCUUCAAGCUCGAGUACAGCAAGCUGCUGCUGGCACCAGGGAGCAGCCCUAAGACCCUGAGCUGCAAAGGCAAAGAGGUGGAAAAUGUGUUCACCAUUCGCACACCUGAAGAUGCCAAUCGUGUGGUGAGGCUGGCCAGGGGCCGGAACGUGGUGGUCGUGGGAGCUGGCUUCCUAGGAAUGGAGGUGGCUGCCUAUCUGACUGAGAAGGCCCACUCCGUGUCUGUGGUGGAGCUGGAGGAAACGCCCUUCAGGAGGUUCCUGGGGGAGCGUGUUGGUCGUGCCCUCAUGAAGAUGUUUGAGAGCAAUCGUGUCAAGUUCUACAUGCAGACAGAGGUCUCAGAGUUGCGGGCCCAGGAGGGAAAGCUGAAGGAGGUCGUGCUGAAGAGCAGUAAGGUUGUGCGGGCUGACGUCUGCGUGGUGGGCAUUGGUGCAGUUCCUGCCACCGGCUUCUUGAGGCAGAGCAGCAUUGGUUUGGAUUCCCGAGGCUUCAUCCCUGUCAACAAGAUGAUGCAGACCAACAUCCCAGGUGUGUUUGCCGCUGGAGAUGCUGUCACCUUCCCCUUGGCCUGGAGGAAUAAUCGGAAAGUGAAUAUCCCACACUGGCAGAUGGCUCAUGCCCAGGGGCGCGUGGCGGCCCAGAACAUGCUAGCACAGGAGGCAGAGAUCAGCACCGUGCCCUACCUGUGGACUGCAAUGUUUGGCAAGAGCCUGCGUUAUGCAGGGUAUGGAGAAGGCUUCGAUGACGUCAUCAUCCAGGGGGAUCUGGAAGAGCUGAAGUUCGUGGCUUUUUACACCAAAGGUGACGAGGUGAUAGCUGUGGCCAGCAUGAACUAUGAUCCCAUCGUGUCCAAGGUGGCAGAGGUGCUGGCCUCAGGCCGUGCCAUUCGGAAGCGGGAGGUGGAGCUGUUUGUGCUACACAGCAAGACUGGCGACAUGUCCUGGCUCACAGGGAAAGGAUCCUGAGCUCACAUGAAGUGGACUUGGGCAGGCAUGCUGAGACACCAGGGACAAAAGCAGAGCCCUGGGGGCAGGUGCCAACCUCCAAUUUCCCAGGAUUCCCCAGGGCAAAACAUGAGCCCUCCCAGAGCUUGCCUUCCACUACUUGGCUACCCUUCAGGGAGGCCUCCGCUGCCUCCAGGAGAUACUCACCCCCCACAAAGGCCUUGACUGCCACCCACGGUGAUGGGUGGGAGUGGAGGCAGGAUAGCCUUGCCUCUUACCCCUCUAUUGGGACUAGUCCCCUGUAGGGCCCUGCAACGUACUAGACAUUGUCUUAAAAUUAAAAUGCACACAU